CGGCCGGGCGCGCCCCCCGCCGCAGCACCCGCGCGUGCGCGCGCCCGCCGCAGAGCCGCGCCGAGUGAGGGGUGGUCCGCCGACGAUGCCGCGGGGCCGCCCCCCGAAGCCCAGGGACGGCGCGGCGCGCGGCGACUCCGAUGCCGGUUUCACCUUGAAUGCAGAGAGCACUAACUAUGACGAGCCAGUCCCAAACUUCCACACGUGUGAGAUCUGUCUACAGACUUUCCCCAAAGAGUCCCAGUUCCAGCGCCACAUGCGGGGGCACGAGCGGCAUGACAAGCCACAUCGCUGUGACCAGUGUCCCCAAACAUUCAAUGUUGAAUUCAACCUGACACUGCACAAAUGCACCCACAGUGGGGACGACCCCGCCUGCCCCGUGUGUAACAAGAAGUUCUCCAGAGUGGCUAGCCUCAAGGCGCACAUGCUGUUGCACGAGGACGAGAACCUGCUGUGUCCCGAGUGUGGGGACGAGUUCGCGCUGCAGAGCCAGCUGGCCGCGCACAUGGAGGAGCACCGGCAGGAGCCGGCCGGGGCCCGGCCGCACACAUGCAAGGCCUGCAAGAAGGAGUUUGGGGCCUCGUCGGAGCUCAAGGAGCACAUGAAGGCUCACUGUAAGAUCAGGGUGUCAAGUACCAGGUCCUACAAUCGCAACAUCGACAGAAGUGGCUUCACAUACUCCUGUCCACACUGCGGAAAGACGUUCCAGAAACCCAGUCAGCUGACUCGGCACAUCAGGAUCCACACAGGUGAAAGGCCCUUUAAGUGCAGUGAAUGUGGAAAAGCUUUCAACCAGAAGGGGGCGCUGCAGACACACAUGAUCAAGCACACUGGUGAAAAGCCCCAUGCGUGUGCCUUCUGCCCAGCCGCCUUUUCUCAGAAGGGGAACCUGCAGUCGCACGUGCAGCGAGUCCACUCCGAGGUCAAGAACGGGCCUACCUACAACUGUACGGAGUGCAGCUGUGUGUUCAAGAGCCUUGGCAGCUUGAACACACACAUGAGCAAGAUGCACAUGGGUGGGCCCCACGGCACCACGCGCCCCGCCGACACUGCGCACGUCUUGACGGCCACACUCUUUCAGACUCUGCCUCUUCAACCGGCAGAGGCCCAGGUUGUAUCCACCACCAGUCAGCAGAACGCCCAGGCGGUGACUGACGUCAUCCAGCAGCUUCUAGAACUUUCAGAGCCAGGGCCUGUGGAGUCCAACCCAUCCCCGCAGCCUGGGCAGCAGCUGAGUAUCACCGUGGGCCUCAACCAGGACAUUCUCCAGCAAGCCUUAGAAAACAGUGGGCUGUCUUCACUUCCAGUUACAGCACAUGCCAGCGACACCAGCAAGGCCUCUGCCACGCAGACUCAGAGCCCAGAGGUCACCGGCGAGUGCCCUGUGCCGGCGGACCCCACAGAAGCAGGGCAAGAGAAAGAGCAGGACAGCCCAGAGAAGCUGGAUAAAAAAGAAAAGAAAAUUAUCAAGAAGAAGUCACCAUUUCUACCUGGCUCCAUCCGGGAGGAGAACGGGAUACGGUGGCACGUGUGUCCCUACUGUACCAAGGAGUUCCGGAAGCCCAGCGACCUGGUGCGCCACAUCCGCAUCCACACGCACGAGAAGCCCUUCAAGUGUCCGCAGUGCUUCCGGGCGUUCGCCGUGAAGAGCACGCUUACGGCGCACAUCAAGACCCACACGGGCAUCAAGGCCUUCAAGUGCCAGUACUGCAUGAAGAGCUUCUCCACCUCGGGCAGCCUCAAGGUGCACACCCGCCUGCACACAGGAGUUAGACCUUUUGCUUGUCCUCACUGUGACAAAAAAUUCCGAACCUCAGGCCAUAGGAAGACGCACAUUGCUUCCCACUUCAAACACACGGAAUUACGGAAGAUGCGGCACCAGCGAAAGCCCGCGAAGGCCCGCCUUGGCAAGGCCAGCGUCCCAGUGCCCGACAUUCCUUUGCAGGAGCCAAUUCUCAUAACGGACUUGGGUCUUAUCCAGCCCAUCCCGAAAAACCAGUUUUUCCAGAGUUAUUUUAACAAUAAUUUUGUCAGUGAAGCAGACAGACCAUACAAGUGUUUCUACUGCCAUCGUGCAUAUAAGAAGUCUUGCCACCUUAAGCAGCAUAUCAGGUCCCACACAGGCGAGAAACCCUUCAAGUGCUCUCAGUGCGGGAGGGGUUUCGUGUCUGCAGGAGUGCUCAAGGCCCACGUACGUACGCACACGGGGCUCAAGUCCUUCAAGUGUCCCAUCUGCGGUGGGGCUUUCACCACGGGGGGCAGCCUGCGGCGCCACAUGGGCACCCACAACGACCUCCGGCCCUACAUGUGUCCCUACUGCCAGAAGACCUUUAAGACCUCGCUCAACUGCAAGAAGCACAUGAAAACUCACAGGUACGAGCUCGCCCAGCAGCUGCAGCAGCACCAGCAGGCCGCCUCCGUGGGUGACAGCACCGUGGAUCAGCAGGGCGUGCAGGUGGAGCUUGAGAGCUCUGGGCUGCAGCACAGGGCUGACGCAGUGGCUGCUGACCCCGAAGCCAUGCUGGACCUGGGACCCCCACCUGUCGCGGCUGCGGAGGACACGGCCCUUGGCCAGCCGCUGGCUGAGCAGCCUUUGGGAGCGGAUGAAGAUGGCUUUGCAGCCCGCCAGAACCCCCUCGGAGGGCACAUGGAGCAGUUUGACGAGCAAACCCCAGCGGCACAGUCCUUUGAGCCAGCAGGGCUGUCACAAGGUUUUGCAGUGCCGGACACGUACAGCCAGCAGUCAGAGUUCCCGCCUGUGCAGCAGCUGCAGGAUUCCAGCACACUGGAGUCUCAGGCGCUUUCCACGAGUUUCCAUCAGCAGAACUUGCUGCAGGUCCCUGGCUCCGAUGCGAUGAGCGUGACAACACGGCUGAUCCAGGAGCCACCCCGGGAGGAGCUGGAUCUGCGGCCGCAGCGUCCCCUGUUUCUGGAAGACAGUGAAGAUCAGAGCCGGCGCUCCUACAGGUGUGACUACUGCAACAAAGGCUUCAAGAAGUCCAGCCACUUGAAGCAGCACGUGCGGUCACACACCGGGGAGAAGCCCUACAAGUGCAAGCUCUGUGGCCGUGGCUUCGUCUCCUCUGGAGUCCUCAAGUCCCACGAGAAGACGCACACAGGGGUCAAGGCCUUCCGCUGCAGCAUCUGCAACACCUCUUUCACCACCAAUGGCAGCCUCACGCGGCACAUGGCGACACACGUGAGCAUGAAGGCCUACAAGUGCCCCUUCUGCGAGGAGGGCUUCCGGACCACUGUUCACUGCAAGAAACACAUGAAGAGGCACCAGGUGGUGGCCCCCGCUGCGCCCACAGCUGGCGAGACGGAAGGAGGAGGCGUGGGCAUGGAGGAGGAGGACGGCUCAGACAGAAACGUGCCAAGAAAGCCCCGCCCUGAGGUCAUCACGUUCACCGAGGAGGAGACGGCACAGCUGGCCAGGAUCCAGCCCCAGGAGAGCGCCACGGUGUCUGAGAAGGUGCUGGUGCAGUCGGCUGCCGAGAAGGACCGCAUCAGCGAGCUGAGGGACGAGCAGGCGGAGCUGGAGGCCGAGCCCAAGCACGCCAACUGCUGCACCUACUGCCCCAAGAGCUUCAAGAAGCCCAGCGACCUGGUGAGGCACGUUCGAAUCCAUACAGGAGAAAAGCCAUAUAAAUGUGAUGAGUGUGGGAAGAGUUUUACCGUUAAGUCUACGCUUGAUUGCCACGUGAAGACUCACACAGGUCAGAAGCUCUUCAGCUGCCACGUGUGUAGCAAUGCCUUCUCCACCAAGGGCAGCCUGAAGGUCCACAUGCGCCUGCACACGGGGGCCAAGCCCUUCAAGUGCCCACACUGCGAGCUGCGCUUCCGCACGUCAGGCCGACGCAAGACACACAUGCAGUUCCAUUACAAACCCGAUCCCAAGAAGGCCAGGAAGCCUGUGGCUCCAGCGUGCUCUGAGGGCCUGCAGCCCGUCAGCCUGCUCGGCACCGCCUCCUCUGACCCCAGCGUGUUUAUCAUGAACAACUCUGUCCUCGCUGGGCAGCUCGACCAGAGUCUGCUGCAACAGGGGCUGGUGGGUCAAGCUGUUCUCCCUGCCUCCGUGUCAGCUGGAGGUGACCUAACGGUGUCCCUGACUGACGGCAGCUUGGCCGCCCUGGAAGGCAUCCAGUUACAGCUGGCUGCUAACCUGGUCGGCCCGAACGUCCAGAUUUCUGGGAUUGAUGCCGCCAACAUCAACAACAUCACUCUGCAGAUUGAUCCAAGUAUUCUGCAGCAAACACUACAGCAGGGGAACGUGCUGACGCAGCAGCUUGCGGGGGAGCCUGGCGCGGCCCCGCAGAGCAGCUCUGUUCCUGCCAGUGUUGUCAUCCAGCCUAUCUCGGGCCUGUCCCUACAGCCCACAGUGACCUCUGCCAACCUGACCAUAGGCCCGCUGUCUGAGCACGACUCCGUGCUGACCACCAGCAGCAGUGGGACGCAAGACCUCACGCAGGGGAUGACGUCUCCAGGCCUGGUGUCCACCUCCACUGGUCCCCACGAGAUCACCCUGACCAUUAACAACUCGAGUCUGAGCCAGGUCCUGGCGCAGGCCGCCGGGCCCACCACCACGUCGGCUUCGGGGUCUCCACAGGAAAUUACCCUGACGAUCUCUGAGCUGAAUCCUGCAAGUGGGAGUCUGCCUUCAACCACACCCAUGUCCCCGUCAGCCAUUUCCGCUCAGAACCUGGUCAUGUCUUCAUCGGGCGUCGGGGGAGAUGCCAGCGUGACACUGACCCUGGCGGACACUCAGGGCAUGCUGUCAGGAGGCCUGGACACGGUGACGCUCAACAUCACUUCUCAGGGCCAGCAGUUCCCAGCAUUGCUCACGGAUCCUUCUCUGGCCAGCCAAGGAGGAGCAAGUUCCCCGCAGGUCAUAUUGGUGAGCCACACCCCGCAGCCGGCAGGUGGCUGCUGUGAGGAGCUGGCCUACCAGGUGACUGAUGUCUCGGCUGCCUUGGCCCAGGGCAGCUCUCCCGAGAAGGAGGGCCGCAUGCGCCAGUGCCUGGAGUGUGACCGCGCCUUCUCGUCGGCCGCUGUGCUGCUGCACCACAGCAGGGAGGUGCAUGGCAAGGAGCGUAUCCAUGGCUGCCCCGUCUGCAGGAAGGCCUUCAAGCGCGCCACGCACCUCAAGGAGCACAUGCAAACGCACCAGGCGGGCCCCUCCCUAAGCUCCCAGAAGCCCCGAGUGUUCAAGUGUGACACCUGUGAAAAGGCCUUCGCCAAGCCCAGCCAGCUGGAGCGACACAGCCGCAUCCAUACAGGGGAACGGCCCUUCCACUGCACGCUGUGCGAGAAAGCCUUCAACCAGAAGAGUGCGCUGCAGGUGCACAUGAAGAAGCACACGGGCGAGAGGCCCUACCGCUGCGGCCACUGCGCCAUGGGCUUCACGCAGAAGAGCAACAUGAAGCUGCACGUGAAGCGGGCACACAGCUAUGCAGGAGCCUUGCCGGAGUCCACGGGGCCCCAGGAGCCAGACGGGGAGGUGCUGCGGACACUGCACUUGGAGGAGGUGGUGCAGGAGGCUGUGGGCGAGUGGCAGACGCUCACCAACGUGUUUUGAAGCCGCCAGCAGGGCGCGUGCGAGGACCCUGACGCGGGGCAGCGGCAUGGUGGAAUGUGUCUCAGGGCUUCAAGCGUUCAACACGCUACACAGUCGUUUUUUAGCUACAUGGUUACCUACCAAAUCAUUGUCUAUCCGAGACUGAGAGGAGGGGAGCUGGGAGCGGCGUGGGUUUGGCACCAUGCCCCAUUUACAGAUGGCUGAACUCAGGGCACAUGGGAGGCAGUCCUGUGCCCCGCUCCGCAGCCAGCCUGCCCGCUUGCGGCAGAAGCUGAUCGGUUUGUCCUAUCAUUGUCACGUGAUUCCUCGAAUUGACAAAGACAGUGAACAUGGACGGGGCGUGAGGUGUCCCGUCGUGUUUUCUGCUAGAAGUGUAGCUUACGAGACAAGCCUAAGCUAGGUGCGUGAAGCUCAAAGCAGUGUCCCACCGCACAGGGGACUGCCACUUUUU